GAGUCCACCCGCCAAAUUCUCAUCUUCGCCUUCGACCUUCACGACCAAGUUCAUCAUGCUCACCACUCUCUCUCGCUCAGUCAUUCGAAGCCCCCUCUCCCGUUCCUUCCGAACCAGCGCUCCAUCUUGCUCGGCUGCCCACGGCGGAUACCACCACCUUCCCUUUAGCUGGCCCCACACUCCCUCUUCUCGCAAGAUCUUUGGAGCAAGCAUAGUCGCUUUCCUCGGCUUAGGAUUUGCUGUUCCCUUCUUAGCCGCUAGAUAUCAGCUUAACAAAACUUUGGCCAGUACAUCCGAGUAAUCGCCACCUUUUAUUAUGGCUCUAGAGCAUCGGAUGGAAUUCUAGAUAUACGUGUAUUGUUCAAUAAUUUUUCUAUUUGAUAGAGAAUAGACGAGAAACGAUGGAUUGUAUGGCCUCGA